AUGAAUCGUAUCGAACCAUACACAGAAGAGUUCACGGUCGAACGACGAGUGAGUUCGUCAAUGAGUCAAGGACAACAUCCAACAACUGAAUUAAUUCAAAAUACCGACUCCAACGUAGGGAAUGUACCAUACAAUGAGAAGAUCGCACUAAAACGACAUCUUGGUCUAUUUUCUGCCGUUACUUUCAUUAUCGGCACGAUUAUUGGUACUGGUAUCUUCAUUUCUCCGAAAGGCGUUCUGCGAGAGACUCAAUCAGUUGGCUUAUGUCUAAUAGUGUGGGUUAUAUGCGGACUCGUAGCUCUACUCGGCAAGAUUUCUCAUCAGCGAAGAAUUGGGUCUGCUCAUGCUCGGACUGGUGAUAUGCUUGCAUUUGUUAAUAGUUGGGCCAACACAUUUAUUCUUCAACCAUCAAGCAAUGCCAUUAUUAUUCUCACAUUUUCAUCCUACUUGUUAUCAGGAAUUAUGGAUAGUUGUGGUCCACCGAUUGAAUUAGUGAAAAUGUUGGCUAUUUUUGCGCUUGGUUCGUUGGAUGAUCCGAUUUCAUUUUUAUCUAUAGUAUCACUUAUGCAUUUAGUAAUUCUUGGCAAUGUAAAUGCAUGGAGCGUUACAGCAGCCAAUCGAUUGAAUAUUGUAUUUACUGUAAGCAAAAUGGCGACAAUCUUGGUGAUUGCCAUCGCAGGUCUCGUGCGAAUUGGACAAGGUACAACGGAUAACCCGUUAAGAAUCGCACUUGCUUUCUAUUCUGGACUUUGGGCAUAUGCCGGAUGGGGUAGUUUAACGUCAGUAACUGAAGAAGUCAAAAAUCCUAAACGGUAUUUACAUAUUCAUGUACAACUGAUUGCUUAUUGCACAUGUCGUUUCAGAAAUCUAUGGUUAUCUAUUGUUGUGGCCAUUCCCGCAGUCAUUAUUUUAUAUAUUCUGACGAAUAUAUCAUAUUUUACAGUGAUGACGAAAUCUGAAUUGCUGAGUUCAAAUGCCGUUGCCAUGACAUGGGGCGAGGUUGUAUUAGGAUCUGUGGCUCGUGCUUUACCAAUUUUAAUAUCUAUAAGUGCAUUGGGCAGUGCUAAUGUAUCGACGUACUCAUACGCUCGUCAUUGCAUGGUUAGUGCGCGCUAUGGAUAUUUACCUGGCAUUUUUUCGUAUAUUCAAAAACAACGACUAACACCAUUACCUGCCAUUAUAUUACAAGCGAUUCUUUCGAUAAUCUAUUGUAUUCCAAGUGAUGUUGACGGUCUGAUCAAUUAUUUUAGUUUCGUUUCUUGGCUUUUCUGUGGAUUAACAUUCACUGCCGUGCUCUGCUGUCGAUUUACGAAGCGCGAUGCUCAUCGAGUUAUUAAAGUUCCUAUUCCUCUGGUGAUAAUCAUGAUAUUAAUAUCAAUUUAUCUCGUCAUAGCACCAGUUAUAUCACGUCCCAAUAUUGGCUUUCUUGUUGCAUCUGGUAUUCUACUUAUUAGUUUGCUAGUUUACUAUGUCGUUGUCUUUCGGAAGAUGACGCCAAAAUUUAUGAACAAAUUGAAUACGUUUAUUGAAAGUUUUUUCAAUUUGACAGAAUCACAAAUCAACAUUGACACAUAA